AAAUCUAGAUGCCUAAAUGUUAUUAAAGUGUCUUUCAAGCUCAAAGAGUCUCCCUUUCCAGAAUGGGAAGAGCCCAGAAUGGAGAGCAAAGGCUUGCAGUUGAAGAUCCAUAGGCUGUAUGGAUGGAAUUAUCGUGGCUGAUCUUAGCCAUUUCUUCAUAUAAUUUUAUUCUCGACCAAUUCCACCUUUCCUCGAAGGAGCUCAAGGUGGUGUACAAACAUGGUUCUCCCCCUCCCAAUUCUCUCCUACAACAACCCUGUGAGGUGGUGAUGGAAAACCAAACAGUUGUGGCCGAAUUUAUUUUGUUGGGUUUUCCCAGCAUCCAAAAGGUAAGAGUUCUAGUGUUUGUGGGCGUCUUGAUGAUCUAUGUCUUGACUGUCACAGGGAACAUUGUCAUUGUGGCCACUGUCGUUCAUGACACUGCUCUCCAUAAGACUAUGUACUUCUUCCUUGGAAACCUUUCAUUCUUGGGAAUCAUCUAUGUGACUGCUACCAUCCCCAAACUGCUGGCUCAUCUGCUUUCAAUCAAGAAAUCUAUCAGCUUAGCUGGUUGCAAAGCUCAAGCAUUCUCCCAUUUUUUCCUGGGGGCCACCGAGUUCUUUCUUCUCACCGCCAUGGCGUACGAUCGCUACAUGGCCAUAUGCCACCCUCUCCAUUACCAUGCCAUCAUGAGCAGUAGGGUUUGCAUUCAGCUGGCUUGUGGCUCAUGGUUUGGUGGCUUGAUGACUGUCUUGGUCCAGACGAUUCUUGUGUUCCGCUUGCCUUUCUGUGGUCCCAACAUCAUCAAUCACUUCUACUGUGAUGUCGGACCAUUACUAAAGCUGGCUUGCACCGACACUCACCUCAUCGAGUGGAUCGUCUUCAUCGUUGCCACCAUCGUGGUAUUCAGCAAUUCCCUGUUGACAGUGGUUUCAUACAUCUUCAUCAUCUCCACUGUGAUGAGAAUCCCAUCAGCCACUGGAAGGCAGAAAGCUUUCUCUACUUGCAUCACUCACUUAAUAGUUGUCAUCGUGCUGUAUGGGGCAAUCAUCUUUAUAUAUGUGAGGCCGACGGGCCAUGCUUCACUGGGUCUGAACAAAAUGGUGUCCCUCUUGAAUACUCUGGUCACUCCACUGCUGAACCCUUUUAUAUAUACACUCAGGAACAAGGAAGUGAAAGAUGCCUUGAAAAAGGGAUUCACCAGGAAUAAAAUAUUUGAGGACAACAAAUGGCUGAGAGGAGUUGGAUAUGGAGGACCCCCACUGAACCGCAGGCUCCAGGCUCUGCUGGAUUCUGUCGGGCUGUGCUGGCAGCAGCCCCUCAGCCAUAGCAGAGCUGGGACUCUGCUGGUUCAGCCAGGGGUCCACAGCUCCAGGCUGAGCCAAUGUUUAGCUUGCCCAGUAGUUCCCAAACAGAAAAUGGAUGCCACAGAGCUUUCCACCAGCUCCUCCUCUGCCAGCAGCCCUUCUGCUAACUUCCCCUGA